UAUUUGUUCAUGGAAAUGUAUUAAUUGGAUAUUUGAAGCAGUUUAAUGAUUUUGUGUGGCAGCCUUCAGUGCAACAUUAGCAUUUUGUGGCUUCUUAUGUCUGUUUCUGUAUGAUGAUGCUUCAAUGCUGUGAUUUGAUGCUUCUAAUGGUUUAUAACAAAGAGUAUUCGGUGUGUGUGGUGUGUGAAGGUGCAGCCAGAGCUGUGUUCUUGUUGUGUUUUUGGCACGUAAGAUAACCUAAACACUUCACAUUUAAAAAUUAUCCUGAAAUUGUGAUCUUAUUUUGCCUUUUUAGCUGCUCAGUCACGCUGAUAUUUGUAUAAUAAAACUUACUGUAUGUCUGUUUUUUCGGUUUAGUUUUUGUAUUACAGGCCUUUUCAUAAAGAAAGCACCUGGUGUUUCUGCAGCAACAGGAGAGUAUAAAGAUGUUACGUCAUGCUGUGGUCAGAUGUUGUUAAGUUGCUAUUUCAGUGUAAAAGGAAGGAAGCAGAGAGAAGAAGUUUUAAAACCUCUUUGUUUCCUUCACAGUUCUUUGGUAUCUGCUGUGCUGCUGCUUCACUCUCUCUCUUUACAGAAAGUUGUAGAAGUUUUCAGACGUGUCACUGCUGGAUGUGAGGAUGGGAGCCACUUUGCUCUGUGAGCUGGGCCUAUUCUUGCUCUGUACGCUUCUCUGCACUGGACACACUCAAGAUGCUGUGCUAACUAUUGAACCCAACUGGUCCAGUUUUUUCAUUGGAGAGUUUGUUACCUUCAAAUGUGACAUGAAUGAAGGAGAAGACACUGACUGGGAAUACCAAUUCAACAAGGAUGGUCGGGAAGUUGUCCCCUACAAUAAACACAAAGACUAUACAUUAGAAAUUAUAUCUACACGUGACAGUGGUGAAUAUCAGUGCUCUGGUCGCAGGAAGAUCUCACGUGAUACAAAGAUCAGUAAUACUGUCUCUAUAACUGUAUUAGAUAAACCCAGGGCCACACUGACAGUAGGAACAACAAUCAUACCAGUAGGGGGCAGUGUGACACUGACCUGCUCUGUGCAGAGCUCUGAUGGAUGGAAAUAUGAGUGGUUCAGACGAACCCAAACAACCUCUGAAGUUCAAAUCAGAGAUCAACAAAACAGAGAUAUCAGAGUAUCUCAAGGAGGAAUCUACCGCUGCAGAGGAACAAGAGGAAACCCAGUUUACUACACAGAUAAAAGUGAUGAUGUCACCAUUGAGAUAACCUUUUCCAAUAAAGUUGCUGUAAAACAACAACCCAACUGGCCUCAGAUAUUCAGAGGUGAGACGAUCACUCUGACAUGUGAGGUGCAGGAAGGAGGUGAAACCACUGAGUGGGAGUAUGAAUGGAGAGGACCCAGGACACCCACACAGUGGACACACAAUAAUGAUGUGACAUUCAGAGUUUCUGAGUCCAGCAGUGGAGACUACAUGUGUAAGAGUCGACGCAGAGAUGACUCAUAUUCUUCAACAGAGUGGAGUGAAGCCUUCACAUUGUCAGGAUCAACAGAUCAACCAAAGGCUCAAAUAACUUCUGAUAUGAGAGACGUUCCAGUAGGGGGCAAUAUGACCCUGAUGUGUUCAGUGAACCCAUUAUCAUGUGAAUGGAAAUACUACUGGUACAGAGAUGAGAACUCCUCUGAACCCCUGACCACACAAGAUGCAGUUUUCCACUCAAAUGGACAAAUCAGAGUCUCACAGGAAGGACUCUACAGGUGCAGAGGAGGAAGAGGAAACCCAGUUUACUACACAGAGUACAGUGAUCCCUUUAACACUGAUAAAAAUGUAGCUGUGUCCAGUCCUUUAUUUCUUGUUCUGAUGAUCACUGGACUCAUUUUUGGAGUCAUAUUUAUUUUGCUCCUGUUCCUGUUCCUGUACAAAAAGGUCUACAAAAAGAAAGGUUCUCCUGACAACCAGAGGGUGAGUCAUGAUGAAAAUCAAUAACAAGUCUACUCCUCUCUUCUUCAUGGUGAUCGUUCUGUCUAUGAAACAAUCAGAGGCUCUGGAAAUACUCAAAACGCUGGGUGACCCGUGUGAUGUAGGUCCACUGGCUCCUUCUUGCGGAAAGUCAGCGAUUCUUUCUAUCGAAACUGGGUGAGCUAUGAGAAAUGACAGUAGUUUGAGCAUCUCCUUUCCUAUAACUCAGUGGUUCCCAAACUUUUUUUUUCUAGACCCCCUUUUUGUUUUACAAGAAAAUCUUUGUUGUCCAGGUGAAGCCAAAGACAAGAUAUGCUUCAUCAUAGUCUUUGGCUUGGAAGGAAGUUGGGUUGGAAACACAUUUUAUUUUAUUUUUUCAAAUUCAUACCCCCCGCCCCCCUUGCAAUGGCCUCCCACUUUGGGAACCACGGUCAUAACUGAAGACCUUUGUCAGGUCCCAUUCCCCCAUAUUUCCCACCAUUCACAGACCAUCAAGUUGCAAAUUAUGGGCACAAAAAUACAUUAACGUUUUCUAGUAAAGUAUUUAGGUUUAACAUUUAACUAAACAUCUGAAAUAUGUUUUAAAAAUGAUUCUCUGAUGUUUUGUUUUUAUAUUAUAUUUUUUAAUUCUCAUUGAAAAAAUGGAAAUAUCAGUAGGAAUAUUUUGAUAAUGUAAACAUUAAAUCAUCAUUAUAAGUGAGGCAACUUUCUUAAAGGUUCAUUGAUUACAUUAUCUGUGUCAGUGUUUUCAUUUUAAAUGGUUGUGAUUUUCUCCUUAACAUUGUACAAUAAGUUGGUUAGAAAUCAUGUUAAAUACCAUAAUAUAGGCUUAAUAGUGUCUUUUUUUCCAAAUGGAUAUUCCCAUUAAGUAUUCAUGUUCUUUAUAAUCGAAUAUUUUUUUAUUAAAGCUUUUGUAUAACAUUUCAUGUAACAACAAAAAGUUUAAAAAGUGUUAUAUGUAAUGUUUGUAGUGUGUGAA